AUGUAUGAGGCCAUUCCCGAUUUUUUGGCGAGGUCGUUGUACAUCCUUGUUCCUUCUACGCUCUUGAUUUCGUUUGGAGCGUACCUGGCUUUGAUCUCGGAGCCUAGGUCGACGCUGUUUUGCUCGCCACAGCACGACUGGGCGAGGUUUGUGGUUCUGGUUCAGUGGGCGGGGGUUGUUCUUGAUGCGGCGAUAGUUAUUAUUGCCUGGAGAAUUCUGGCCUGGGCUAGAACCACCAAGUCGAGAUUGAGGACGUUGGCGGGAAUCUUGCUCGUGUCUGGCCUAGGAGCUGGCAUUUUUUGGGGGUUGAGUGGCGAUGGAGUUGGGAGUGAUACCCUGUUUUGGUUCGAUGUCGUUAUUGAUGGGUUGACGCUUGCAACUUUGCUGGUAUCCAGCAGUCUUCUUGCACCCGAGGGCGGGGCCGUGCUAGGUUUCGCCGGAGUUGUCACCUUCAUCACUGGGUUUCUCAUAUCAGUCCAGCGGGUCUGGACAUUAGGGAGCUGGGAAAAUGUUUCUGGCUGGCAAACAUGGGGAGCGGUGGUGGGCAUGUCAGCUGGGUUCACAUUUUUCUUGCACGCGACUGAUAUCAAAAAGGUGAUGUUCAUUCACAGGGCGUUUGUUAUCAUGGCUUUGAUGGCCGUGGUGAUCGCCGUGAGCAUCUUCACCCCCAUCAAGAUGAGCAAGGGCAUGGAUAGCCAUCCUUUGGGCAAGCUCAUCUACGAUUCAAGAGUGGAGUCGGACAGGUGGUUGAUUCACGCAAGUUACAGCGAUUCACUGCCAUCGGCGGUACGGGAGUAUGGGGAAAGACAUUAUGGGAGAGAUCCGCCAAAGGGGUUCGACAGGUGGUGGGAGUUUGCAAAGCAAAAGAAGUCCCCAAUCAUCGACCACUUCAAGCAGAUGGGUGACGAUAUCCUACCUUUUUGGGGGGUGCCACCGGCGAAGCUGAGAGAAGACACAAGAAAAGCAGCCAAAGAGAUUGAUAUGGCGCUGCUUCAAAUACAGAACGGGACGGCGAGGCACAACCUCCCUACCGAGAAUCCAUAUCAAACCAUCAUGGAUGAGCUGGUCGACUUGAUCAAAGAUUUCGUGGAACAUUUACCAGACCUCGAGAUGGCAAUCAAUCUCAACGAGCGGCCGAGGGUGCUGGCACCUUGGGAUCAGAUUCAACGGCUAGCCGCUGCUGGGAUGAAGAGAAAGAAGGCCUCGAGCCUAUUGCCAGGCGGCAGCUCGGGAGGCAGCGAAUACGGAAAGAAAGAUAUGCCCAAGCCCAGGCUGACCGAGGCUGUUGAUAAGGACGAGCUGCUCAAGAACACCAUGUCACCGAAAGCCCUUCGAGAACUGACAUCCUUAAGCUGUCCCACUGGUACCAAGGUCAAAUCAGGAGUUCACUGGGACAUCCGCGAUUUCUGCUCCUCCUGCGCCAAACCCCAAUCCAACGGCCAAUUCCUUACCAAUUUUGGCCUCUCCCUCGAACUCUGCCACCAAUCCGACCUCAUGAGACUACACAGCUUCUACAUGACCCCCGCCGAAGUCCCCCCCACCACCUCUCUCCUCCCCAUCUUCAGUCGGUCCAAAACAGACAACUACGCCGACAUCCUCCUCCCCUUAUCACACCCUCCUCAAACCACCCCCCUUACACCCCCCAAGACCCCCCAACCCUGGUCCAAAAACCACCAGAAACUGUAUUAUCGCGGCUCCAUCUCCCGCCCCUAUUCCGACAAACCCCUCCUCCGCGGCGGCCAAGAGGAACGCCUAGUCCACCUCACCAACCUCCCCCCUUCCUCCCCUUCCACCACCACCACCCGCCUCAUCCUCCCCAACCAAUCCCGCUCCCGCGCCCACUACCGCUCCGUCUCCACCCCCCACCUCAACACCCUCCUCCCCUUCGACACAGCCUUCACCUCCUACUCCCCCUGCCAACAAACCCCCUCAUCCUGCCCCCUCGACUUCCACCACCUCACCUCCUCUUCUUCCCCCCCUGAUCCCUUUUCUAGUCAAUACAUCCUCACCCUUGACUCCUCCACCUCCCCAUCCCCAUUAUUCCUCCCCACCCUCUCCUCCCCCUCCAACGUCCCCUUUUUGUCGACAAUCUUCAAGGAGUGGUACACCGACCGUGUCCUGCCCUGGGUUCACUUCGUCCCGGUAGACAUCCGCUUUCACGGCCUGCACUCCACGCUCGCGUAUUUCACCGGGAUUCAAGGCCAGACUAAAGAGCAUGGGUCGACAGACGGGAAGUGGAUCGCCGAGCAGGGUGCUAAAUGGGCUGCUAGGGCAUUGCGAAGGGAAGACAGGCAGGUGUAUCUGUUUAGGUUGCUGCUCGAAUGGGGAAGGUUGGUGGAUGAUGGACGGGAUGAAGGGGGAUUCAAGAUUUCGUCGUCGUAA